AUGAUGUUCGGAACUUCUUCAAUAAUAUUGGUAAUUGCAAUGAUGUCAGUUCUCGUUGAAGGAAACUGGCUGCUGCAAAGGAAUCUUCAAUGGCAAGGUGGAAUGGGAGGAAUGCCGCAACAAGAAAUGCGAACAAUCAAGAAAACAUUCCUUCCACCUCGUUAUCAAAAUCUCUGGGGCCAAGGAGAGUCGAGUAAAGUGGUCGGUCAUUCGGCAUUGGCUCCUCAGAAUAUGGAUGAUUAUAAGAUGAGAACACAGCAGCGACAAGUGUUUUCCUGGCAACCAAGUAAUUCCUUCAACGAGUGGUGA